CGCCCCAUCUCCGUGCAGGCGCUGAAGCCCAGCGACCGCUUCGAGCCGCGCCACAACAGCAUCAGCGAGGCGGAGAAGCAGAGCAUGGCGCAGCUGUGCGGCUUCCCCAGCCUGGACGCGCUGGUGGAAGCCACCGUGCCCGACGCCAUCAAGCGCACAGACGGCAUGCCCCUGGGUCCCAAGUACCACGAGGGGCUCACAGAGUCGGAGUUCCUGGCCAUGUUCAAGGAAAUGGCGAGCAAGAACAAGGUGUUCAAGAGCUACAUCGGCAUGGGGUACUACAACACGCACGUGCCCCCCGUCAUCCUGCGCAACCUGCUGGAGAACCCGGGCUGGUACACGCAGUACACGCCCUACCAGGCGGAGAUCAGCCAGGGCCGCCUGGAGUCCCUGCUCAACUUCCAGACCAUGGUGUCGGACCUGACGGGUAUGGCCAUGUCUAAUGCCAGCCUGCUGGAUGAGGCCACCGCGGCGGCAGAGGCGAUGACCAUGUGCUCGGCGGUGGCGCGCGGCAAGAAGCCCAAGUUCCUGGUCUCGGACAAGUGCCACCCGCAGACCAUCGCCGUCUGCCAGACCCGCGCAGACGGGCUGGGCCUCAAGGUGGUGGUCCAGGACGAGGCCAGCUUCUCCAUGGAUUCCGACGUGUGCGGCAUCCUGCUGCAGUACCCCGCCACAGACGGCAGCGUGCACAACUACAAGGGCAUUGCCGAGAAGGCGGCGGCGGCCAAGGUGAAGGUGGUGGUUGCCUCUGACCUGCUGGCGCUGACCAAGCUGACGCCGCCUGGCGAGUGGGGCGCCGACAUUGUGAUCGGCUCCGCGCAGCGCUUUGGCGUGCCCCUGGGCUACGGCGGCCCCCACGCCGCCUUCCUGGCAUGCCACGAGGAGUACAAGCGCCUGCUGCCGGGCCGCAUCAUCGGCGUGUCGCGUGACGCGCAGGGCCAGCCCGCGCUGCGGAUGGCCAUGCAGGUGCGG